CGUGCAGCUGCUGUAUUUGGCUGGUGGGCAGGCACUGUGGACGUGUCCGGCGGGCAGUGGGGGCGUGGGAGAACAGUCUGUGGUGCUGGAAGCGUGCAGUAUUGAUCAAGUUUACCGACUUUUAUGAAAACGAGUUAAAGUUGCCAUGAAAAUGUCUUUAUUUCCUCUCUAAUUCAGCAUCCGUUCACUAUAAGAGAUUCAGUGAUAUGAUUUAGCAGGUCACAACAACGGGAUCAGAUGGCGCUGCUUAUCAUAGACGUGUUCGUUGGUGGCACAGUUGAGAUGCAACAGAAAGAACACUUCAGUCUGGAUGCACGAGGUGACAUCACCGGCAGCACGGUGUACCAUGGAGGAAAUUAAAAAAGUAGAGAGAGGAUGGUGAAUAGGAGUGAGAGUGGCGGGAAAGACUAAUAGUUACAGGAGGGAAUAAGGAAGAAACUGAAAGUGACGUCAUUGGCCGAGAGGGAAAUAGGAAAGCAUCUCGGCGAUGAGUCGCAGUAUACUUUCUGCCUCAAGUUUCACCAGCUCGAUUCCUCAUGGCCGCCAUGUCUUUUGUUGGUCCGAUGGCGUGCACACGAGCAGUAGUGGUGGUGUUGGGGAGCCUCCUCGCCUUCACACAGACGGAGGUGGAGGCUGGGGUGGCGCAUGCCCAGGUGUUCUCAUCCAGGAGUGGCGCAGCGCAGAGCCAGGUCACGGAGCCAGACGGUACUAUCAAAGGAGAGUGUGCGUACUUAGACCCUGAAGGAAACUCUGUCAAAAUCAGUUACAGACAAUCUCCCGGCGGCCAAAUAGAGGCGGAGUCAGAUCCCCCUCAGCAGAACGCCGCCGCUGCUCUGGAGACGUGCAGGAGAGCCGCUGAUGCCGCCGCCAAGGUCGCUCAGGACUCUAUCCAGGAAACGCAGGAGCAGCUUUUCCAUUCCUUGCCGAGUUUCUUCCACCUGCCUUCACCCUCUCUCCUGCAUCCUGCCAGACUGCUGCACUUCUAGCACCAGCACCAGGAAAAUAAUCUUCCGGCAGCAACAAGAACUCCAGCAGCAGAUCUUCCGUCAGAACCAAGCCUUCCAGCAAGCCUUCCAGUUUCCCAAGUUCUUCGCUUUCCCACCGCAGUUCCCCUUUGGCCAUAACUUCUAAGGGACUCACGCGCCUUCUUUCUCCGCCCACUGCUUCGGCAGUAGCUUGUUGCUUCCCGCACGAAAAAGUAACUGACGCAGAGGAGUUUGUACUCGUGAAGAUGCAUAAAAGAAACCCUUCACUAAUAACAGUAUUCUUUACAUUAUAACAGGAUGAAGUGCUGUAUAUUCAAAUAGGUAUUAUUAAAUAUUAUGUUAUGGUUGUAUUUUCAAGGCCCAGUAUGCCUAUCUACGUGUAUCAUCUUAACCUUGGAAGCAAGCAUACACAUAGUACUGCUAUCAAUGUAAGCUCUCUGGAUCUUUAAAAACCUAUGUGUAUGUCUUGAAUUCGUAUCUUAUCUCAGUAUACACGGAUCUUGCAGAGGCUGUGCAUCUUUACUGUGUAUUUUGUAUUUCGUGAGUAAUUAUUCUCUUUUGUUAUACUUUCUCUGGAUCUUUAAAAAGUUACAUUUCGUGAGGAUAUAUUCUGCCUCAUUACACGCUCCUUACAUUUUAAAAUGUAUGUUUUGAGCACUCAUGGCAGUUUGCACUCUUUACGCUAUAUGGAACUUUAAGCUGUAUGUACCAAGUGUUAACUGUGUUAUUACACUCGUACAUCUUUUGGAUCUUUAAGAAAUUGUAUCUGGAAUAUUUAUCCUCAUUUACGCUCUUUGAGUCUUUCUUUGUUAUAUGUGUCAAGUAUUCUCAGUUUGCCAUCGUUGGAUCUUUAAGGUCUAUGCUCCAUACAGCUAUCUGAUCUUAGUUGCUUCGUGUUUGGUGGAUGUUUAAAGAGCUGCCUUCCAAGAGUACCCUCCUCACCAGGGCAAGAUGAGCUACAUUGGUUUCAUUGAUUGAGUUAAUAGCGCAGCAAACUGAGGUCACGUGGUAUCGCGUGUUACACUGGGAGCCACAAUGAUUGACUUAAUUGUGCCGCAGUUACGUGGGAGUUGCACUGGGAGCCACAAAACAACAUAACACGUACACAUGUUACAUUUUCAAGGCUCCAGAGAGAGAGAGAGAGAGAGAGAGAGAGAGAUGGGGGAAAGACACUCCUUUAUUACAUUCUUAAAAAAAAAAAAAAAAAUGAGAAACUCUUCUUUCAUUAAUUAAGCCUUACUGUAUAUGCAAGAACGGACUUCUGGGAGCACAGGAGUUUAAAGGGGCUGCAAAGUACGUGGCAUUGGGAUGCAAUUGAAAGUAUAGCGGAAGAAUAUAACUAGAAGUGAACGUCGUAAAUUUGAUUGUCUUCAAGUCCACUUUCAUGACAUGUUAUAAUACUGACAUGAGAAAGACGGACAGCAGAAGACGCGUUUACCUUUGAUUUUAUGGUAAGCAACGCUUACCAUAAACGGUAAUUUAUAUCCAUAAUGCAUACAUAAUUUCAGUAGAUUUCUUUUAGGUGAUUUUUUUUUUUUUUUUCUUUCUUUCUUUCAUGAAACUUAGAAAAAUCAGUAUCAGUUCGGUGAUAAUUGUUCUUUCAUUUUCAGGUAAUACUUUAAUUCCAUUAUCUAAGUAAAUGCCGUUACAAGUGUGGCGUAGGCUUUUCUUUAUUGUUAUUUUAGGAUGGAAUGAUCGGAAGGCUCUGCCUUAAUUCGUGUAUGUGGUGGUGGUGAUGGGCUGGACAUUGUACGAAAUGGACAAACAGUUGUUAAGAGUUAAGAUUCAGCUUCAGAUAUGGUGUGAGUUGAUAUCAAAAUUCUUGCUUUGUAUUUGUUUGAUUACACGUUCAUUACUGCA